AUGGCGUCAACAAGAAGAAUCUUGUGCUUCGUGUUCGUGAUGAUGACGGUUCUCUUUGGUUGCGGCUCGGCGACGAUCUACAAAGUCGGAGACUCCGAUGGAUGGACUGCCAAGGACGAUGUCUAUUACGAUUGGGCCGGAACUCUCUGGCUCUUUGGAAUACGAAUUCUGCGACACUUCUCUCCUAAAGCCGUCUACAACACAGGACACGAUGUCGUGACUCUCACGGAACCGGGCUUUUACUACUUCAUCACCUCAAAUCAAGCUCAGUGCGCUUCCGGACAGAAACUCGACGUUCUUGUCGUCGUCCAUGACCCGUCAAGUCCGAUUCCUCCUCCACCAUCACCAUCGAGCAAGAUCCUUCCUUACGGAGAGAUCUACAAGGUCGGCGACUCUGAAGGAUGGAGCGUCUACAACAUCAACGACGUCAUCGAGAUCAACGGUGAUCUUGAGUUCAUAUCUUGCGAUCCAACUUCUCCUGUAGCCGUGCACAAGACAGGACACGAUCUCGUUAGGCUCACAGAACCAGGAGUUCGUUAUUUCAUAAGCUCAGAACCGGGUCGUUGUGGAGCUGGACUGAAGCUUCGAGUGAUGGUGCAACCACAGCCCAAAGCUGUUACUUACCCAAACUUUCCCAAGAAGAAGGACUUGUCAGUGAUGGACCGCCUCAACAACUGGUUGCAGACCUUUAGGUCCCAACCUCAUCAUUAA